AUGGCGAUCGCAGAUAUCCACGAAGAUAUCAUCAAAACCCACAUCUUGACCAGACUCGACGGUCAAACCCUCGCCGCCGCCGGCUGUGCAUCUUCCCAGCUACAAUCCCUCUGCUCCGAUCAAAAACUAUGGUCCGAUAUCUGCUCCUACAAUUGGCCGUCCACCGUCGAUCCUUUGGUAAGCCAAGCCAUCUCCAAUUUCCCUUCUGGCUACCGUUCUUUCUAUUCCGACUCCUCCUCAUCCCCCACCUACCGUCUAUCCACCACCACAUCAUUACCUGCAACCUCCCACAUUAUCUCAUCCGUCGACCUGAGAUACCACGACGAGCUUAUCUUUUCCACGGUUGAAUCCACCAACACCACACCAAGCGACUGGUUCCAAUCGUCUCCGUUUCGUAUUGAUCUUCUUGAACUUAAAGAACUCAUACCCUCAUCGAUUAAAUUCUCCGGCGACAAUCAGAUGCUACUAUCCAAUCUUGAAAAGCACAUGACGUUGAGUUGGAUCAUGAUAGACCCAACCCAGAACCGAGCAGUGAAUCUAUCAAGCAUAAAGCCUGUCUCUGUUCGUCGGAACUGGUUGACCGGGAACAUAGAGAUUACAUGCGGGGUAAAAGAAGGCGGAGGAGAGUUAAACGUGAGCGGGGCUAGUUUAAUGGUAUUGGACAUGGAUGGCAAGUGUUUGAGCGGAAAGGAGAUUGUGGCGGACAACAAAAUAUCCAAAGUUGGAAUAUACGAGAUCGAUGAUGACUGGAAGCCCUUCUCGACUCAUAAUUAUGACAACAAUAUUGAAUCAGAUGGUGAAGAUGAUGAGGAUGCCAUCGCUGAUAUAAUGAUCGUGGGGGAAGAGAACAAGUUUGAUGACAUGAGUGACACGUUAGAGGAAGGAGAAAUAGAGUUAGAUUUAGAGUCGAGAAGAGUCCCUGAAUCACAGUUCGAGGUGAAUGAUCAUGAAGCCACAGUAGUUGAAUCCCCGGUGGAGGCUCCGGCAGACGUUCCCGGAGGAGUGGGAGUCGAAGCAAUCAUUAUCGACGGGAGUCAGGAAAAUCUGAAUGGGGAACUGGGUCGGAAUAAGGAAGACCAACAGUCUCAAUUUAAUGGGACUACUCAAAUGCGGAUAGAUACUAUAGAAGAUGGAUGCAUGGUCGAUAACGUGGAGCAUGGGAACCCACUUAUGUCCCUUGGGAAAAUACGGGAACAAUUACGAAAAGGUGGAAUUGGACCUUUUCCAAAUUCGGACCCUAGGAUGAAUAACGAGCCCAAUAAUGUAAGUAAUUUAGAAAUGGAUCCAAAUGGAUCUUAUCUUAAACGCAAGAAGGUUCACCAGGCAUCAUUAAACAUAAACAAUAUCCAUUUAUGCCCUACCCACAUUGACGAUCAAACAAAUCAGGAGGUCAUAGGUUCGGAGUCGGGUAACCAUUCCUCUCUUGAUCUUAAUCGAACCCCUAACAACGUUUCUCACCCAUCUCAAUCCAAUAGACCCCCAACCAUUCCUCAUAUUUCUGAAAUCGAAAAAACUGUUGAAAUCGGUCGACUCAUUGGAUUUGAGAUAAAUGGCGAUAAUGAAAUUUUGGCCGAAAUCACUGGUAUGGACGGAGAGCACGUUGCAGAUCAAUGA